GCCCGCCCAGCCCGCGGAGCCCCGCCCAGGUCGCGGGCGCCGGAGUCGCCGGGAGUGCGGGCGCGCGGCGGCGAGCGGGCGGGCGGCAUGGAGGCCCGCGGGCCGGACGGCUGCUUCCUGGGCGACGUGGGUUUCUGGGUGGAGCGCACCCCCGUGCACGAGGCGGCCCAGCGCGGCGAGACCCUCCAGCUGCAGCGGCUGAUCGAGAGCGGCGCGUGUGUCAACCAGGUCACGGUGGACUCCAUCACGCCCCUGCACGCGGCCAGUCUGCAGGGCCAGGCGCAGUGUGUGCAGCUGCUGCUGGCAGCCGGGGCCCAGGUGGACGCCCGCAACAUCGAUGGCAGCACACCCCUGUGCGAUGCCUGUGCCUCAGGCAGCAUCGAGUGCGUGAAGCUCCUGCUCGCCUACGGGGCCAAGGUCAACCCGCCCCUGUACACGGCAUCCCCGCUGCACGAGGCCUGCAUGAGCGGAAGCUCUGAGUGCGUGAGGCUGCUUAUUGACGUCGGGGCCAACCUGGAGGCGCAUGACUGCCAUUUCGGGACCCCUCUUCACGUGGCCUGUGCCCGGGAGCAUCUGGACUGCGUCAAAAUGCUGCUUAAUGCAGGGGCCAAUGUGAACGCGGCGAAGCUUCACGAGACCGCCCUGCAUCACGCAGCCAAGGUGAAGAACGUUGACCUCAUCGAGAUGCUCGUUGAGUUUGGAGGCAACAUCUACGCGCGGGACAACCGGGGGAAGAAGCCGUCCGACUACACGUGGAGCAGCAGCGCGCCGGCCAAGUGCCUGGAGUUCUACGAAAAAACACCUCUGACCCUGUCGCAGCUCUGCCGGGUGAGCCUGAGGAGGGCUACUGGCGUCCGAGGCCUGGAGAAGAUCACCAAGUUGAACAUCCCUCCCCGGCUCAUCGACUAUCUUUCCUACAACUGAGCCGCAAGCCUGGGAGGCAGGAGGUGGCCAGGGCGCCGGGGGUGGGGGUCCCCUGGCUGCCGGCCUUGCCGAGCCUAGCGGCUGGGCCGCAAGGACUGGCCUUGUCUGCAGCCGCCCGACUGCUGGAGCCAGAACACGUUCCCUGCGUCCCGGCUGCCUGCCCUGCUCUGUCUCCUCUGCAGACCUGCGGGGGAUACUUCCAAGGCCCUGGGAAGGCCCGGCCUCAGCUUCUGCAGGGAGCAUGGCCCCGUGCUGCCUCGCCUGGAAUUCUGCUCUCUCCUCGGGCCCAGCCAUCCGGUGUCCUUUCACUGACCUUCCUCAGGGGGACUCUCAGGGAGGACUCUUCUGGGAGCACAGGAGAAGGCCACGCGGGGCUGAGGGUCCAGGGCCCUGCUGCCCCAGAGCCCGGGGCACCUUCGGCACUAGCGCGGUCCUGGGUGUCCGAAGGGGGAAGGACCCUGUGCUGCAGAGGUCAGGUCCUGACCGUGUGGUUGGGGACAGCUGCUUUGAUGACAUCCUGCUACUUGGACGCUUUUUUCUGGAGCUGUGCUCGGCACUCUACAAGGUCCCCCUGUGCCCAGGCAGACCUGACACUCAGGGGGGUUUGCAGGGGUGUUGGUGGGGGAAGCCUUGGGCAGAUUACUCCCCACACCUAGCACAGGGACUCUCCAUGCCUCAGCUCUGCAGAAGUUUAUGUUGGGGAUACAAUCUUGAAUUAGAGCAGACACAGGCUGCCGCGCUGAGGUUUUGUUUACAGGUCUGCAGAACCCCAGAGGAUGUGCAGGAGUGUCCGCAUGUAUUCCGGGAGAAGCUUCCAACAUGAAGGACCGUUAGGAGCCCCUCUAGGGAGGACCGCUCCUCUGGAUGAAUGGAUUCUCUCCUUACCCUAGAGUGUGCUCACUCCCCGAAGCUCUGAAAUUGUUAGGUCAGGGAGAUUGCUGGCUCCCGGGAUGAGCAGCUGCUGACUCGUGCCUUUAGUAGGGACUUCCGGGACGUCUGUGAUGCUGGGAACUGUCCGAGUGCUGAGCUGCGUAGGAAUCAGACUCUUUCCCCAAGGCAGGGGAAGAAAACGUUUUUCCGGUCUGUUCCUGUAGUAACAGAGACAUGAGCUCUACACUCUCGGCCAUGAGACGAACCCUUCAGUGGUACAGUUACAUGGCCUCUGUGUCAGAUUCUCUCUCCUGAUUUAAAAACACAAAAACCAGGCAGUUCAACUAGAGGACGUUUGCAUAAUUCGUGCAGGAGUAUUUGGUUUCUGGGGACACAGGGAAGGCACCACUGGGAAACGAGGCUGGGAGUUGUGCCCGAAGGCCAAUGUCCCGACCUGCUCUCAGGGGAGUGUGUGGGGCAGAAAGAGGCUGCACUGGGGAAGCCAGGCGUGGGCGCGUCUCGUCUCCUCGGGGUUCCUUGGUGGGGCCGCAGAUCUGGGGAGAGUUUCAUGGUGGUGGCCAGUGGGCAUUUUCUGGCUUGAAAAUGACAUUGAUGCAUUGUCAAGGUGGUGCCUCGCUGAGUGCCGGGAAUGGGUCACUCCCCUUCCAGUGCCAUGUGAGAUCCGAGUUUGGGGCAGAUGGUUUUGCACGUACUAACAACAACAAUGAAAAAAUCUCUGGGUUCUGCCCAUCCACCUGUGUAACAGAAACUGGCCUCUAGCCACGAAUGCUGAUGCGCUUUCUCCCGUGGACUAGAGUGCAGAGUCCGUCCCCACACUCACUGCUCAAUAAAAAUUGUUUCAUAGAGUCCA